AUGAUUGGAUUUUUUAAAUCGUUGUUUGCCACCCUUUCUUCCCGCCCCCCAUCCCCUUCGGGCCGCUCGGGCAGGGCCAAGGGCGCCGCGGGACUCGCGAGCUCCCCUCCGCGCUGGCUGCAGCGGCGAUGCCGGGCAUGCCUGGCAGGGCCGGGCCGGGGGCGGCCUCGCUGCCGGGGCAGGGACCUCGCAGGCCGGCGCGCAGAGGCGAGGAACCCUCCCGGCGCCAUCGACUCACCUACCCGCGGAGAGGCGACGGCGCGCGCCGCUCACCAGCCCGGGCCCCAGAUCCAAGGAGGAAGGGCAGCGGCGCGGGGACCCUGUGGUGGGUGGCGUAAGGAGGAAAACGUGUUACCUAAGCCGGGGAUGCGGACAGAGCAGGAGGUAGCAGCCUUUCCCUCUAGAAACGGAAGCGGCGGGGAGCAGGAGGAGGAGGAGGCGCGGCCCGGGCGCGAGGUUAGGCGAGGGGUGCUGGGCGUGCGGCCGCAGGCGCGGCCAGAGGACGAGGGCUGGGGAGGACGACGGAGGUCACGCGAGCGAAGGCGAAGCCCCGGCGACGCGCGGCCCCGCUCGGCUCGGCACCGGAUCCGAGCUCGGCCUCAGCCAGGCCGCCGCCCCCGGCUUUCCCGCGGGACCGCGGCGUGGAAACGCGCGCUGCCGCCUCGGGGCUCCCGGGACGCGCGGGCCCCCCACGCCUGCCCGAGCCGGGCGUCCGCGACGUCACAAGUGAAGCGCGAUGAUUCAGAGGGAGGGCCAGGAAGGGAAGGGCUCUGGGGUCAGCUUGGCCACGGCUGCUGUUUCCUUGUCGCCGCCCACGAAUUCACUUUUAAAUCGUCCUCCUCCAUUCAUCUGUACUCUCAUAGGGGACUGCGGGUUUGACAGAUGGGUUGGCAGCUGUGAAGAUGGACUUCCUGCCAGUGGUAUCCGGGUCCCACUGUUCUAAUGGAAAUGUCAGGUGUACUGGAUGUUCCUCAAGACACAGCAGUGUCUCUGGGCCUUGCCUCUUAAGGAAUGGGCCUCGGGCCACCUGGACAGGAAGCGUAUCAAGGGUAGGAAAGGAUGAUAUUACAAGCUUAAAAUGGGGGUAAACAGAAGAGGCUGCUCCUGCAGAAGGCGAAUGGGCCCUUGCACCUGGAGGGCUGAGAAGACCAUGCUGUAGCUGCAUCCCUGUCAUUCGUUUCAUGGCAUCCAGUUGAGAAGCUCUGCUUAAAGCUUUGUCUGGCACCUUUUCUUAGCUACAUUUUUCCACUCCAGCUGAGAUUGCCUCACUGAGUUGUCAACACUUGGUCUUCUUUAGCAGUGAGGAACCACCAAGACAGGAGGCUGGGGCAAUACUCAACUUGGCAAACUCCAGGAAAUGGUGCUUAAAACGUUUGGCUUCUUGAAUGGAAUUCAUGGUACUGCUCCCAGCCUGCCCCUGGGGUCUCCAGCUUGAGACAGUUUCUCCCCGCAUCCCUCCACCCUUCCCUGGCUUUCACUCACUAGCAAGUGGGCUGCUUCUACUUUCUUUCUCACAUUCAUUUCUUAGGUCCAUUCUCAGAGCGGUUAGGGUUACUGUUUAAUUAGCCUCAUAAUCAUAUCUAUGAUGGCAAAAUCAAGAAACAAUUUAAACAUGAUUCUUAAAAGUAAGGAGAUAAAUACCAGAGACAUAGAAGAUUAAAGAAUUUGCCUCUAGGAAGCAGGAAUUUAAAUUUGGGGAAGACAGGGUGGAGCAAGGGAUAUGAAUCUAGUCCAUUUUUCUUUUCUUUUCUUUUCUUUUCUUUUUUUUUUUUUUUUUGAGAUAGAGUCUCACUCUGUCACCCAGGCUGGAGUGCAGUGGCAUGAUCUUGGCUCACUGCAACCUCUGCCUCCUUGGUUCAAGUGAUUCUCCCACCUUAGCCUCCCUAGUAACUGGGGUUACAGGUGCCUGCCACUAUGCCCAGCUAAUUUUGUAUUUUUAGUAGAGACGAGGUUUCACCAUGUUGGCCAGGCUGGUCUCGAACUCCUGACCUCAGGGGAUCCACCCACCUCAGCCUCCCAAAGUUCUAGGAUUCCAGGCAUGAGCCACUGCACCUGGUGGAAUCUAGUCCAUUUUCCACUUUGCUACACACAUCUGGAGGGUUUCUUGCUUGCUUAAAAGCUUUCAUUGGCUCCCAAUCUCUGAAAAUAUCAAGAGCAAGUUCCUGAGCAACUCAUUCAAGACCCAUCACCCCUCGCAUCUGUCAACUCUGCCCCUUGAAUAUUACACCUCAUUUUACUACACACAUCUAGUUUCCUGAAUAUGCAAACAGAUUUCAUACAUUUGUACCUUUAUACAUGUUAUUGCUUUUGCCUGGGAGAGCAUUCUCUUGCUGCUAUAAUAAUAGCUAAUGACACUGUGCUAAGUACUUUCUGCGAUUUAUAACUGUUAAUUCUUACAUCGACCCUAUGGUAAAUGUUACUGUUAUCUCCAUUUUAUAAACAAGAAAACUAAGACUUACAGAGUUUAAGUGAUUUGCUGAAAUAUGUAGUAUUUGGUGAGGCUAAAUUCGAACCCAGCAAUCUGACUCUAGGACUAACAUAAUAUUGCCUAUUCAUCUUUCUAAAAUGUUUCCCAGACACUAAAUUUGAACAGGAUUAAAAGAUUUAAAUGUUUUUAAGUCUUAAAAGGGCAAGGAGAAAAUACAAGUGAAUUGCUUUUAAUCUCAAACUAAGCAUGAAACAAAGGCUGAAAUUACAAAGGAAAAGUGACAGAUCUGACUGUUGAACUUUUAACUUCUUUUAUCCAAAAAAAAACCCAUAGAAUAAAAUUUAAAAACAAGUAAAAAUUAUAAAAAAUUUGCAAUAUACAUGAAAGAUAAGCAUAACACUCUUAUUAAAGAGAACUUAGAAAGAAAAAAUAGCCUAUUAAAAAUGAGCAAAAUGCAAAUUCAUUAUCAUGAGAGAAAAAUGUAAAUGGCCAAACAUUUUUAAGAGAAGUGAAAAAACGAUAAUACACCAUCAAAUUGAGAAUAAAAUAAUACUCAGAGCUAGUAAUUUGGGCCAGUGACCCUUGGAGUAGGAUGUGUAGCAACUAAAGAAACUCAUACAUUACUGAGAAGGGUAUAAAUUGGCUGAACGAUUCUGGAGAGCAAUUUGACAGAAUGUAGUGAAAGCCUCAAAAAUGUUCACACACUUUGACUUAAAAAUUACAUUCCUGGAAAUUUAUAAUACAAACAUUUUCUAUAAAAGGUCAGAUGGCAAAUACUUUGUGCUUUGAAGGCCACAUAUGUCUCUGUUGCUUUUCUUCUGUGUGUGUGUGUUU